AAGUAAUGCCAAAAGUAUAUUGAAUGUUCUUACUUUCUAUUUUGAGAACAUCAUUUGAUUUGUAGGAAACUCGAAAAAGAAGUGCAAAAAGUUGAAAAGUAUAACAGUGAAGAAGAAAAUUAUGUAGAAAUAGUUGGCGCGAAGAUGUAUUACUGUCAUCACCACAGUACGUGUACUGAUCGUUUCACCCAAAAUGAACUUCUCAAACAUUGCAAGCUACACAACAUAGAAAUAGAAAACCCAAUAGUAUACUUUGAGAAAGCACUGCGACAAAUGAGCGACAAAAUCGAAGAAGCAUUAGAAAACUCAUCCUGCCACACGAAAUUUAUUUCACCUAGUUACAAAUGUAAUAUCUGUAAUAAAGAUUUCACAACGAAAGGUGGUAUGGCUGAACACUCUCGUAUUCAUUCGGGAGAACGUCCUUUUCAGUGUUCUUUCUGUGACAAGAAGUUCAGUUUGUUGAGGUAUAAAAAACAACAUGAACGCAUCCAUACGGGAGAGACGCCGUACAAAUGCCAUCACUGCAACAAAAGUUUCAAUCAAAGAACUAGCAUGGUGACACACUCCCGUAUCCAUACGGGCGAGUGCCCUUUUAAGUGUUCCUUUUGCGAUCGGAAAUUUACUACAAGCACCUAUAGAAAAGCACACGAACGCGCUCAUGCGGGAAAGAAACCGCACAAAUGUCAUCAUUGUAACAAAAGUUACACUCAGAAAACCAGUUUGGUUAUACACUCGCGUACCCACACGGGCGAACGUCCAUUCAAGUGUUCAUUCUGUGACCAGACGUUUACCACAAAUGGUAAUAAAACAUCACACGAACGCACUCACAUGGAAACUAAACCUUACAAAUGUGAUCACUGUAACAAAGGUUUCAAUCAUAAAUCCCCUAUGAUCACACACUCCCGUACCCAUACGGGCGAACUGCCGUAUAAAUGCUCAUUCUGCGACAGGUCGUUUAGUACAAGCAAUGUUAAAAGGGAUCACGAAAACGCUCACACGGGAAAUAAACCACACAAAUGCCCUGACUGUAAUAAGGGGUUUACUUACAGAAACACCAUGGUUCGACACUCCCGUGUCCAUGCCGCAAGGAUGGAUGUUUCUUAAAGUGUUCAUUGUAUAACAGAAAAAUUAGUACAAAACGGAACACAGAUAGAUUCCGAUGUUUCGUCGACAAUUGCGGUUAACAUCUUCAGUGGAAAGAGUGUAAUCGUAUAAUAAAAAGCCGCGUAAGCAAUGUCGUUUGUGUCAUCCGCAUUUUCCUCAUAUUAUCUGUAUUAAAGUUAAUCUUAAGUGCUUAGUUUUUAAUUAAUUUAAUUUAAUUUUAUAAUAGAUUAAAUUGAAUUGUGAACAACCUAAUAAAAUAAAUAUCUAUACAUGUAUCCCUAUUUACGCCACCAAAAGGCAGUGACUUUAAUAUUAACAAUAAAAGAUCAGAGCGUUUUUUUUUUCUUUCAAAAUAAUACGUUAUGACUUGCUCAUUUAUUACCUAUAAUGUGCCACAACAGAACAAAACUUCAUGCUCAGCUAUGUGAUGUGUACAUCGCGAUUUCGAUCUCUUUUGAUCUCAUCAGCACGCCGUAACCAAUUCCUACAGAACGCCGAUUUGGUCAUUUAUGAUUAAUGAUAU